CAUUUUACAACACUUCAUAGUUCUUUCGAUUAGUUUUUCGUUUCGUCAACUAGGGCACAAUAAUAUUAUUGAUAAGUUUAAAGAAGACUUAGAUAUUCCCUUUGGACAAUGAGUACGGCACGUUUUGCCCGUUCGGGGCGCGUUAGGAUCUGUAUUCUGAUGAGCAUGUUUAUCGUCCUCAUUAUGAUGAUUGUCAUUUACCACAUGUCCCAACAGCAACUUGACGAGACCAGAGGUUUUCGCCUGCAUUGCGAGCAAAAACAGGAGGAAUUGACCAUAAGGCUGCAAUCACUUACUGAAAACAAGCUGGCAGUAGAGAAAAAUGUGGAAAUCUUACGUGCAGAAAAGCAAAACAUACAAGAUGACUACGAAAAGCAACAGGACGUGGAACGAACACUUCAACAGAAGUAUGAUGUGCAAGUUAAUAAAUACAAAGUACUCGAGGCCAAAUACAAUGAAUUGCUAACUGAAAGCGCCAAGAGCAAGAAGAAGCACAUCGAAGAUACAACUACGUUGCUCGAACAGCUGCAAAAGCUGCAACAAAACAACAAACAGCAGGAGGCAACUGUCUGGAAGGAUAAGUAUGAAACAUUGCUUAAAGAUUCUGAGCACAAAACACACACACUAGAGGAAGCACUUGAAGAAUUGAAAUCUCACUGUACAUUUGAGCCGCAGGCGCAGGUGCAACCAAAACAUCAACUUGCUAAGCCGAUCGAGUCCUUGACUGCCGAUACGACGUCCGUUCGACAGUCCAGUCCAGCCAAGCCGGCGCACAGCAUUGAGAAGCCACGCAAUCAAAAAUCGUUCAACGAACAAGUACAAGUGAGUCAAGGGCUGUACAGAAUUGGUGUCGCCAAGCCCAGUCAGGCUACUAACGCAACAACUAAACCCCAUGGUGUCGGUAUGGAGCAGCGGCUGGAACUCCAACGGCAACUGCAACAGCAACCACUGCAGCGCUUUGACGUGCGCAACAAUCAUAGCCUCAUACUAAAUUCUGUUGAAAAUUUUCAGAUUGUCCCCAAAGCACUUAAAACGUUAGCAGAUGAAACUAACAAACAACAGCAAGAGCAGCCCGUAUUAGCUGCAGCCGCUUCAGCUGUUUCACCAUUAAGUGUGCCACGCAAAUCUAACUCUAGCACUCCAAAUGCCGAAGUAGCACCAAACGGUUCUGUUGCGCCCAAAGCUUUAGGAAGCAGCAGCAGCAGUACUGGUCAGCCGCCAUUGGUCAUGCCACCAGCAAAACCAUCACCUGAGGUCAAGAUAGAACGCAAGCUACCGGAGAAUGUCGCACCCAUUCCAGAUAACUUUGAUGGUAAAGCUGACGGAGCAGGAGAUGUCGAUACAGCAGCUGAGGAGCUACCUAAGAACGAAAACAACAAUCGCUAUUCCAAUGUGGUGAACGAGCUGGAGUCUAACAAAAAUCAAGGAGUUCUUGAUUCUGGAGCGCAUGAAGUUAAAGAUGCUCUAAACGAACAAAAUUUCAAUUUACCUGGCGCCGAGCAUAAUUUAUUUGAUGGCGAAAUUGCUGCUCCGCAUGGAGCUGAAUCAGAUAACAAACUUCUCGCUGCAGAUGCGGCUGCUGUUGGCGGCGGUGUCGGCGAUGACGAUGACGACGUCAUGCUUGGGGAUGGAGCAGUGAAGCAACCACAGCACUUGCUGGAGAAUGAUAAUUUAAACAAUGAAAUCGCAGGGGAUCAGGGCAAGGAAUUUGCCGACGCUGUACAUCUGGACGAUGGCAUGGAUGAAGAUCAAGAUGAGGAUGACUACAAUGUGCCGGCACGCAAAGCGGGCGCUGAUUCGCCCGUUAGAAAUUAGAUGAUUAACUGUAGAUUUAAUAAUGGCUUACAAUAGUAUUUUAUUAUGGCAUCUCUUUGGCAAAUUUGGUUAUUUCUUUUAGAUAAAGAAAAAGGAAAGCAAAUACCAGCCACUUUAGUUAAGAUUAA